CCGGACCCUGCAUUCACUAUAUCUGGUCUCCCAGGACCCUGCAUUCACUAUAUCUGGUCUUCCCGGACCCUGCAUUCACUAUAUCUGGUCUUCCCGGACCCUGCAUUCACUAUAUCCGGUCUCCCACACUACUGCCUGCUAUAUUUUUUUUCUGUCUUUAUCCAAUUUAAAGUGUUACUAAACCCCUGACCCUGCAUUUACUAUAUCUGGUCUCCCACAGUACACAGAACAUGGAAAUGCAAUUAUUUUAGUAAACAUAAACUGCUAA